GAAAAGAAGAAGAAGCAGAAGCAGAAGAAGAAGAAGAAGAAGAAGAAGAAGAAGAAGUAGUCAGCUGAUAAGGAAGUGCUAGACAACAAGAGCAGUUUUAGGUUACUGUCUUUUUGGAAGAUAUGGGUGGCCUAUAUCUGGUUAAGAAGUGGUUUCUUGCCGAGGUGCUGGCUCUGCACAUGCUGAUCAACAUCUCCGAGUCCGCCCUGUGUCUGAAUGUACCAGAUGUUGUUACGAUGGAGCAAACCUCUUCAGCUACGGUCACCAUUUCUUCCAGCUCAGCUGUCAAUCAAUCCACAGUGAUUCAACUGAAUGUAACCUUCAGCUCCAAGAAUAACUAUUCAUCAAUAAUCACACUGCCUCAACAGGUAUUACUUCCAGAGAAGGCUACCUCAGUCAAUUUCACUGUGCUAGCACAUGAUGUUGGUCAGGUGACUGCACACCUGUUGAGCAACAACACAGACCUGAACAGGAUUCGCUUUAUAGUGAUCCACAGCAAUGUCCUGUCAGUGGUCUCUCAGGUCAUUGGUUGGAUUUACUUUCUGGCCUGGUCAGUGUCUUUCUAUCCACAAGCCUGGGAAAACUGGAGAAGAAAAAGUGUUGUAGGUCUCAACUUCGACUACCUGGCUUUCAAUCUAACAGGCUUCAUCGCUUACAGUGUCUUCAACAUUGGCCUCUUCUGGAUACCUUACAUAAAGGAAGAGUUCCUUCAGAAAAACCCCAGCGGGAUUAACCCUGUCAAUGCUAAUGAUGUUUUCUUCAGUCUUCAUGCACUCCUGUUCUGUGUGAUCUACGUCAGCCAGGCUGCUCUGUAUGAGAGGGGGGGUCAGACGGUGUCAUGGACAGCCAGACUUUUGUUACUCAUUGGUUGGACCUUUGCUUUAAUCAGCCUAUUUGUUGCUGUAGCCCAAAAGAUUACCUGGCUGGAGUACCUCUACUACUUCUCCUACAUUAAACUAGCUGUCACACUGAUCAAAUAUGUGCCACAGGCAUAUAUGAACUACAGGAGACAAAGCACUAAGGGCUGGAGCAUCGGCAAUGUCCUGCUGGACUUCACUGGUGGGGUCUUCAGUAUCCUACAGAUGAUCAUUCAGUCCUACAACAACGAUGAGUGGAAGCUGGUGUUUGGUGAUCCCACUAAGUUUGGUCUGGGCCUGUUCUCUGUGGCGUUUGACAUCGUCUUCAUGACUCAGCAUUAUUGCCUCUACAGACAGCCACAACAGUAUGAAGCCAUUCUAGAGCAACAAGAUGACUGAUCUAAAUACACCGCUACAACCUAAGGCAGCCUAGCUCAAUCACAGAAGAGGGAUUCAAUCUACUAGAAAAAAAUUUUAGUUCUUUAAAUGCAUCAUUAGUUCCAGCAGAAAUGUUAAAAACUAUUAUGUCUCUGAUUUAACUCAUCAGACUUCCAUGUUGGUUCUUGAACAACCUCAGGGAAAUCCCUCAUUUGAUGUGUGUCCUUGCAUAACAGAUAAAAAAAUAUUUUUAUUUAACACAACACCUUAGUCUGUAAUUUUGAUAUGUAAAUAAUAUUCUCCAAUUGUGUUCUCACAUAUGUUUGAUUACAUUCAAUAUGCUGUUAUAUAUUUUCAUUAAACAAAGUGGAAAAAGUUG